AUAGGUGAAGAGUGAGCGAAGACGGUAGCCCUCGGGAAGCGCAGUUCUUGCAGCUGAGGAAGUUGCGGAGCCGUGGUGACUCCGUGGACGUCUCGAUGCCGAAAUACUACGAAGGGAAAGAGGAGGACAGGCGGGCGUGCUCCGGGAUACGCGAGGAUCUGAAGUCCUGCCUGCUGGAGUGUCCCUGCGUGAUCGAGGAAGGGAAGAGUGCCAAACAAUGCUUGAAGGAAGGACAUUGCAAAAGUUUGCUGAUUUCCAUGUUUGAAUGCAAAAGGUCAUUGUUGGAUAACAGAACAAGAUUCAGAGGAAUAAAAGGAUAUUGAAGCUGCUUUUUAAGAUGCAAUCUUGGGGAUAUUUUUGGCAGAUUGAAGGACCAAAAUUCUCUGGGAUUCCUUUGACGCUAUUCCUGGAUGUGAUAUAAUGAAAUGAUUGGCACGGUGAAUAUCAGAGGUACUGAACUGAAAAUAAAGUCUGGCGGUUUUAUGGAUAUCAUAUUGUAAAUAAAAUCUUUAAUUUCAACUGA